AUGCGGAUACGACAGAUCCAAGCAGCGGUACUACUGUGCCUAAUCGUCGCGCUCCCUAUCCGAACACCAGCACUCCCAGCAUUCUACUUCCCCCCAAAACUAACAGCCACAACCACAAUCACCGCCUACACCUCACACGACCUUCAUGUCAGACAAGAUCCAGGAACUUUUACUUCAACAACGCCGACUUUCUCAGCGAUAAUCACCAGUAUUGAGACAAUGUCACCAGAUCUGAGGACUUCAACGACAGAUGUCCCUACAACUACACUAACGACAUAUAUUUCACCUACGUCAGAUGUCCCUCCAACCACACCUACGACAGAUGUCCCUGCAACUACACCAGCGACAGAUAUUCCUUCACCUGCACCAGCGACAGAUACCCCAACAACUGCAUCAACUACAGAUAUUCCUUCAGCUGCACCGACAAUAGAUGUUACAACAACUGUCCCAAUAACAGGCGAGCCAUCGACAAGAUUUUCACCAACACUCCUCCCACCAAUCACCCAUCUACCUGAACAAACUACUCCGCCUACUCCAGCGACAUUAACAACCUCGCCAUCGUCCAAUCCAAGUCAGACCCCUACGUCGACAUUAUCCAGUCCAAGUCAGACCCCUACAUCGACAUCAAUUACUGGCACAACCACCAGCUCCGGGAUUUUAUCCUCAACAGGGAUAUCGUCUGUCACCGCAACUAUUUCGGGACCGGAAACUUUCGUCUCAGUUACACCUGACCCGUCAGGCACCGCCACUGCAACACCAGGGCCAGAGUCACCCUUGACCAGCGGCAACAGCAGGAUUUGGAUCAUUGUCGGAGGGGCCGCAGCAGCUGUGUUACUCCUGGCGCUCAUAUGCUUUUUCGCCUUCCAGCGCCGAAGACAGAAACGGGAAAAACGACGACUCUUUAAUAUCAAUGGUGGACUUGACAGUCUGACCAGUAUCAACCGCGCCAGCGUAGGGGGCGACGACCAGGAUGGCAGAGACGACGACGACGACGACGAUCUCGACAGCGAAAAGGCAUUCUUCAUGGCCAACCCACCCGCUCGCGUCCGCAGCCCCCAAUCCCCGCACCCAGACAACCACGACCUCAACAUCAAGACACCCCUAGACCAGUAUGAGGCACAAAAAUUCAAUUGGCCGACCCCCAUCGUCGUCACGGAUAAACACCCACAGGACCAUAUCCGACAACACCAUCUACAGAGGCUUCUGGAACUGCAGCAGGAGCAGUUAGUGAAACUGAACGCGCUUGUGGAGCGGUAUAGGGUGACGUAUUCCCGACCGCAGUCGCCGCAUUCGCCGGUGUUGACUGAGACACGUUUGUCAACGCGGUUGUCAUAUUUUGGUGUUGAUGACCAACUAGAGUUUGAGGAUGAGGAGCAACUGACGAGCGAGGAGAUUCGGAGGCUAGAGUUAAAGGGCGAUGAGCGAUUAGAAGAUGUGCCGUUGGAGGAAGGACCAUUCCGGGAUAAAGGAGAGAUCGACGACGGCGAUGUCGAGUUGCAAAGAUUGGAAGUCAGUCAUUACUACCAUGGACCAUUCGCAGACCAGGAUGAGCAGACAUCAGCGCCCUUGAUAAAUGUGUUUGAUGAUCCGAACGCGGUGUUUGAGGCUGACUUUGAGGUGGCGUCGAUUAUUAUCCGGAGCGGAAGCGUCAGCCUGCUGAGCGACAGUCUCGAGUUACCGGAUGAGCGGGAACAGCGACAUUACGACAAGGGCAAGGGUAUUACUAGCAGCAUACGAGAUAGUGACAGCUUCCUAGGAUUACCCUUGUCGACAACGGCAUCGACAGACGAUCUCCGAGCUGAGUUCGGUAGUUAUCGAGAUAGCAACAGCACCUUGGCGGCCUCAUCGACUGUGCGGGAAAGGCAUUCUGACAUAUCAAUGGAUGGGUCGUCAAUCGAGUACACUAGCAGCCUUGGCAGUAGCUCUGGUAGUGGGAGUGGCGGCGGGGGAGGAUCCAGUCAUGGCUCAGGAUCGGGAUCGCGAACGGGAACUACUAUUGCAGUCGCAGCACCGACGUCAGAAAAGUGCGACCGGCCGAUGCCGACGGGGAUUCAAACUGGAGUAUCCAGCCUUGAUCGACAGCGGGAGCGAGAACAGAAUGAGAUCUUGUUGAAGGCGAUUGAGCAAGUAAAAGCCCAGUACGCAGAGCAGCAGUAUCGACAGAUCCAUGAAGAUCUUGCAAACCUCCAGUUAGAGUGA